UUCAGACCAUGCCAUGAAGGAACACCAGCUAUUUGUCACAUGAAGCUAGUCAGCUGUUACUUUUAUCACUGUGAGAAAUACACAUUUACGGCAAUCCAAAUACCAACAGAAAAAUAGCCUAUACCCGGGGAUUCUCCAGUAUCUCUAACAUACAGGCUGACUGACAUUCUCAGUCAUUUACCCUGACUUCACCCGUUUCCAACCACAUGCCAUCCGCUGAGAGUGCGAACGACAGCUUCAGUCUCAUUUCCAAUUUUCAAGUAUUUUCUUCGCUAACAGAUCACCGGCGCUUGCAUUUGCGGUGGCGCUGGAAUUCCACCACUUUGGCCGAACAGCUAUUCCAGCAGGCAAAUGUGUUUUACUAUAGUGGUGGCGAUAUCAAUGUCUCCGGUGAACAACCGAUCCACGACCCCAGUCUUCAAAGUUAUGACCUGUUUGAACUCCAGGCCGACACACAAUACACCAUUUGUUUACGUGUUACCAGAAAAAGAUAUGAUCGUGCAGUUGAGGAGGCGAAGAAAUUGCAACUUCAAGCAACUCCCACAGCUUUACAAGAACUCUCGAUUAAGAACAACAUUACCAAAUUGGAUGUAAAGCCAUCUUCCGAGGCCUAUGUAGCCGAGAUGCAGUGCAGAGUAGCCGUGACGCGGCUGGUUCACUGGUCAGCUGUAAUAUCGGUCUUUACUGGGAUUCUCAUCGCAUGUUUGAUAGCUUUAUCCAUAGUACUUUUGCUGAAGCGAAUUCAGGUGAAGCGAGAUAUGCGAAAAACUGAAACAUUUCAUCAGAAUGUUCAGCUUCUUGGUUCGAAAGUAGAAAAGAACGAGGAAGCAGCUCGGCAAACUGAUAAGUAUACUUGUUUUUUGCAUUCGAAGACAGAGGCUGUAAAUUCAGGAGUGUGUGAAACCGGUUUGGUUCGCAAAGAUUCACUAAUGUUCGUGGCUGUUAACGCUCCAUACCAGUCAGCUAUCAAGUCUAGAGCAGCGUCGAAUGACGCAAGCAUCUCGGAAUUCCUCAGUACUUCAGGCUCCGGGAGCAAUCAGUUCAGCUCACCUAGUAGUAAUUUGGAUACACAUUCAGAUAAUCGAAAACACGGCAGACAUCAGCGGAAACCAGAUCCAGUCAAGCAUACUUCGAGCGCCGUGUCCACUGACACCCCAUCACUAUCGGACACACACGACAGGAAAGGGCAGCACAAGAGAACGGUAUCCUUCGUAGUGUCAGACAGAAAAAAACGGGAUAGUAAAAGAACAUCAGAUUCUGUUAUUCGUUUGCCAAGACAAACGAACACAUCUCCCCAACUUUCUGAAACACAUGUUGGGAACGGAUUUGCAGAUCUUAGUGAUACGGUCGCAUUGAGUGACGGCACAAACAAACGUACACCAUCUGCACUGUACCCUGUAGAAAUUGUCAAACCGACGUCUGUGAUGAAGGAGCCAACCCCAUCUGUCGACAGUGGACAAGAACUACACGUCCCAUACUCUUUUGUUUCCAACAAAACUGAUUUCCCAAUCGGAAGUAGGAUGGAAGUUCGUGAAAAACAGUUCACAGACAAAACGGCCCUUCUCAGUCCCGAACUGGGUGACGGGGAUGUAAGUGCUACCUCAUCGCUGAUGGACAGUAAUGGUUCAUUUGAUCCGCGUCCAGUCACAACCACUGAUACUCAGACUGUGAUUACUUUGAGCCACGACAAAACGGAAUUGGACGCAAAGAAUGAACUAUCGGUUCCGUGCUCUGUGAGAGCAGCAACAGAAGCAGAUUCAUUCCCCGCAACCCUUUAUCGGUUGAUCAGUAUGGGUGUUGAGGAGACCGAUAAGAUUAAUUCAGUUCCCUCUGUUACGGGCGUUGCAGUCCAGCAAGAAUAUCCAACGGUGGAUGAUGCUGACAAUAGUUCAUUCUUUUAUACACAAGUUGUUGAGUCACUGUGA